AUGACAGCCAGCACGGAUGGGGGCUUCAACACAAUCGACUCCAGCGCGGGCGCUGGAGAAAGAAGAGCAUCAGUGACGGUGACGAAUCCAUUCAACUUCCAGACUGUGCAAUAUGAACGCGAUAGUAAUGCGGGCAAGAACGAACUAUUGGGCAAGCGACGAGGACACAAGUACAGACACUCCUCGAUCCAUGCGGUGCAUAUGGACCAGAUCUUCAAGUCGCCUCAGAUCCAGCGGACACCUCUGAGCGUGCCUGCAUCAUUGCCUCUUCCUACGAGAAGAGAGCUAUGGCUGAGCAUGACGAGGCAUCAGACGGCACGGCUAGCUUGGUGUGCUGCUCACUUUGCCAUCGCAGCUUAUGUGCAAUACUCUGGAGCUGGCUCCCUCGCCAUGACCGCCCUAUCACGACUACUACUCUUCGACGCUUCCGGCGCAACGGUCUGCGUAGUGGUGGACGUAAUGGGCAACUUCGAAGUCUGGAAGCGUUCUUCGAUCAAACAUCCUUUCGGCCUCGAACGAGCCGACGUCUUAGCAGGAUUCGGAAUGGCGGUCUUCAUCGCUUUCAUGGGGCUGGAUGUCAUCUCGCACGGCAUCCAACACGCACUGGAGAAUGUUGGAAACCACGAAGCUCACUCCCCGCACGCUCACGAACGUGUCACGAUGGGUCACGUCGACAUCGCUAGCAUGCUCAGCAUCGUGUCGACACUCGUCUCCGCUCUUCUCCUAAAGAACCACGCCCGCAUCGGUCGCGCCAUGCGUUUCGAACUACUCGCAGGCUGGGGUCGAAUCCUCGGCAAUCCCUCCCACUUCCUCACAUUAUCCUGCUCUAUCCUCCUGCUACUCCUCCCGUUCCUACCGACCAUCUCCUACAGCAUCUUCGACAAAGUCCUCGCCUUCACGAUCGCCUCCUUCAUGAUCCUCCUCGGCGCCCGUCUCGGCACAAGUCUCGCCAGUAUGCUCCUCAUGAGCUUCAACGCCACUUCUUCCGCCGAACGAGACGGUCUGAAAGGCAUCGUCGAAGCGAUCGCCGACGCGGAUCCGGCGGUCAGUCGGGUGGACGAGGCGAGAUUCUGGCAGGUACAUUACGGACUGUGUAUGGCGAAUUUGAAGUUGAGAUAUCGGAGUUCAAAGGGUGGGUAUGGUAUGGUUGGGGACGAUUUGGUGAGGAUACGGAAAAAGGUUGGGGAGGUGGUGAGGAAGCGGUUGGGCGGUGGGAGGUGGGAUGUUAGUGUGCAAUUGGCGGUUGAGAGGGAUUGA